AUGGACUCUACAAUUGUAUCUAAUACCGAAGAACCAUGUGUUGUGUAUCCCUGGGAACCUUGUCAUGACAAUGAAAUGCAAAUGAAAGCUUCUUUUGAGGAUAACUAUCUUGACUAUAUGAGUAAUUUAAAAAUUGAAUCAAGUCCAUCACCAAAUACAUUAACCACGAUAGCUUGUGGCAUCCAACAUAACGUGACUAGAAGUUUAAUAAAAGAAUUUUGUGAAAGUGGCGCAUCUAUGGUAAUAUUUGAUUUUAACGGCUUAUCGUUUGAACAGAGUCGAAAAAUGGUCUACGAAAUUCGCCAAGGGGUUUUUAAUUACAGUCUUAAAAAGAACAAUCGAGUACCGUAUUCAAUGACUUUAGUACUUGAUCUUGAAGGAUCGUGCAUUACAACUGGAAGCAUAUUCCAUACAACAACCACACAACGUUUGAUAGAAUUAUCGACGAACUCUCAUGUUUACGUCACCAACGAUGUCGAGUACAAAUUUAAAUGUACGGAGGAUCGUAUUUAUGUGAACAGCGAUAUAAUUCUUCGGCUAAAAAUUAACGAUCGGAUCUACUUGGACUACGGAAAAAUCGAACUGGCCGUAAUAAGAGUUGAUGAGGACGAGGUAUAUUGCGUGAUAAAGCGAGGAGAAUUUCUGGGUUCCAAAAAAGUAGUGCACGUGCCGGGAGUUCCGGUUGGCUCGACGGCACUCACCAAACUAGACGAGGAGAAAAUUCGCACAGGGAUCCAGCUCAAAGUGGACGUAAUAUUGGUGCCCGGUGUCAGGAACUCAGUGUUUUUCGACAGCGUCCGCAAGUUUGUUGGUACAGAGCGAGGCAGGGAUAUUAGCCUGUAUGCGAAAAUUGAUAACACUGUUGGACUGGAGAACAUGGAUGAUAUCAUACCGGGCGUGGACGGCGUGUUCCUGAACCGACCAAACUUGUCCAUGGAGGUCGGUCACGACAAGAUAUUCCUCGCCCAGAAGAUCGUCUUGUCCAAAUGCAACUUAUCCAAACCAAAAAUCGAUCCCACCCAAGCUAUAAGCAUCGGAUGCGUAGAGGUAUCGUUCAAAUGUCACGCGGCCGCGAUUAUUGUCAUCACCACAUCCGGGCUUUCGGCUCGGUACAUUGCCAGGUAUCGGCCCAGAUGUCCAGUGUUGGCGGUCGUCAGGCACGGAAAGUCCGCAAGAAAGUUAUCAGUAUGGCGUAAUAUCAUAGCAUUGCAGUACAUCGGUCCAAUAGAAAAUGUUUUUAAAGACAUCGAAAACCGAACGAGGUUUGCAAUGGAUUUUGGGAGAAGAAAAGGUAUACUGCAUCAAAGAGAUUUGGUUUUGCAUAUGAGCUACUCUAAACAAAGCAUGGGUUUUGCUAAUACCAUGAGCGUGUUCUACGUUAGUGCUGGAGACUUCGUUAGCGCAUAA